GUACUGUUGGUGCACGUACAGCAAGCUGCACAGUGGACACAAGUUUCGCUGGUCUCACUAUCGAUGUAGUUCGAUAUCUUCUCUACGAACAUGGCAGGGAACUUAGGUUUGUGAUAACUUAAGAAGCAAACGAAACAAGGAAAAUAGCUUUUAUGAGGACCAAAUUAGCCUUUGAACAAGUUUAAACAGUUACCCAAUCAAGGACAUUUUACGAGCUUUCCACCAGGAACACUUGGAAGAUUCUCAAUACGAAGUGCUCCGAGUCACUGAAGUGCCUGCCCUGCACCACUCAUUCCUAGACCGUACCAGUGUAAAUCAGAACCCUACUUUGGUUCAGCACUUACCUGCAAGUCUCGGGUCUUUCCAAAGAGCAUGUUGCCAAUGCCGUCUCUCUGCUCCAUUGUCUGGUUACACCGGGGCAUCAAGCUAAAGAAAGUGCUUUAUUUCUCAAACACAGGCCAGGUCUGACUUUCAACCAUUCACACCAACACUCAGAGUUCAGUCAUGCUUCUUAGUUUUAGUUGAAAAUUCCUGAAUAGUGUUGCCAUCACAAUAAAUAUCCUCAACACUCUGGCACUUCACUGCCCUGGUCAGUGUGUAUCAUAGUUGGACAUCUUUGCACAUGGCUGUAGAGGGCUUCCAAUUCAUAGCGCUUUAUGUCUAUAACAAAGACUGGGAGGAGGACCUUGACCUCCAGCCAGGGGACAUACUGACCGUCAGCAAGACGUCACUGACAUCCCUUGGGCUCAAGGAUGGGGACGAGGAGCACCCGGAGCGCCUGGGAUGGAUGGUGGGAGUCAACAAGCGCACCAAGCAGAGGGGAGACUUCCCUGGGACGUAUGUCCAGUAUGUGGGGCCUGUGAAGUUGUAUGUGGCACCCAACCAGCCUUUGCAGCAGAGACCCCUCCCAGCAGCCCCCAGGCCUCAGCCUCCCCCAGCACAGCAAGGGACUUCAGCUCAUGAGUUUGUCCAGCCUUUUCCACCCCCAGAAAAUGCCCCCCCUACUUUGGUGAAGUUGGUAGAGGCCAUUGAGAAAAAAGGUCUGGAGUGCGAGACGCUGUAUAGGAAGUCUAGCUCCUUGGCUGCUGGCAGUCAUAGACAGAGCCUGAACUUUGAGCUCUCUGAGCCUGAGAUGGGCCAGUACGAUGUCCAGGCGCUCUCAGAGGCCCUGAUGGGAUUCCUGCAGGACUUGCCCUCCCCCAUCAUCCCAGAGUGUGUCUAUCCCAGCCUGAAGACUGCCCUGCAAGAGGAAGCAGAGCUGUCCGUCGAGGAGACAGGCAAGCGUUUGCUGAAGGCGCUGGAGCCCCCGGCCGUGCCCCUGCCAGGCCUGCUCACCCUGCAGUACCUGCUCAGACACUUGGACCGAGUGGGCCAGAGCUCGGCCCACAACGGCCUGGACCCUCACACCCUUGCACUCCUCUUCAGCCCUCUGCUGCUCCCCGCUGGGUCAGAAGAAGAUCGUCAGGUUUCUGCCCAGGUGCUGGAGAGACUGCUGGUGGUGAGGGCCUGGGAGCUGGAAGAAAUGCCACCAGCCCUACCUCCCAAACCUUCCAAAACCAAAGCCGUGGCAUCCUCUGUGAUCAAUGGAGACGGCAGCAAGAUGGCCGAUGCAGAGUGGUACUGGGGAGACAUUUCCAGAGAGGAGGUGAAUGAGAAGAUGAGAGACAUGCCGGAUGGGACUUUCUUGGUCCGAGACGCCUCAAGCAAGGUGCAAGGAGAAUACACAUUGACUCUCAGAAAAGGGGGAAACAACAAGCUGAUCAAGAUCUUCCACCGAGGCGGCAAGUACGGUUUCUCUGAGCCGCUGACCUUUUCCUCUGUGGUGGAGCUCAUCCUGCAUUAUCACCAGGAGUCGCUGGCCCAGUACAACCCCAAGCUGGACUCACGGCUACUGUACCCCAUCUCCAAAUAUCAGCAGGACCAGGUGGUGAAAGAGGAUAACGUGGAAGCAGUAGGAGAGCAACUGAAGGUGUACCAUGAACAGUACCAGGAGAAGAGCCGGGAAUAUGACGUCUUGUAUGAAGAGUACACUCGCACCUCUCAGGAGUUACAGAUGAAGCACACGGCCAUCGAGGCCUUCACCGAGACCAUCAAUAUCUUUGAGGAGCAGUGCGAGACCCAAGAGCGCUACAGCAAGGAGUACAUUGACAAGUUCCACAGGGAGGGCAACAGCCAAGAGAUUGACAGAAUCCAAAGUAAUUCAGAUAAGCUGAAGUCUCGUGUGACUGAGAUCCAUGACAGCAAGCGGAAGCUGGAGCAGGACCUGAAGGAGCAGGCGACGGACAACCGAGAGAUCGACAAGAAGAUGAACAGUCUGAAACCAGACCUCAUGCAGCUGAGGAAGAUCAGAGACCAGUACCUGGUGUGGCUCAAUCAGAAGGGCACCAGACAGAAGAAGAUUAACGAGUGGCUUGGGAUCAAGAACGACGUGGAAGACCUAUAUUCUCUGGUGGAUGAGAUGGAUGACCUGCCGCACCAUGAUGAGCGCACCUGGUACGUGGGCGACAUCAAGCGCGGCCAGGCCGAAGAGCUGCUAAGGGGCAAGGGUGACGGCACCUUCCUGAUCCGAGACAGCCAGUCCCAGAAGGGCUCCUAUGCCUGCUCUGUAGUCAUGGACGGGGACGUCAAGCACUGUGUGAUAUUCAAGACCUCCACGGGCUACGGUUUCGCCGAGCCUUACAACCUAUACAGCUCCCUGAAAGAGCUGGUUCUCCACUACAGACACACCUCCCUGGUCCAGCACAAUGACUCGCUGAAUGUAACUCUGGCAUGUCCUGUCCUAACCCAGCAGCAGCCCAGAUGAGACGCACCGUCACCCGGACACACACACACACACACACAACUGAGACCACAAACCCUCACUUUUCCCAACAAAAAAGCAAACAGCUUUCUGAGCGUUGGGUUUGACAGGAGUGGAAGUGACAGAUAUAAUAACUGACUGGGUUUUGACUUUGAAGAGACCCUGUAAAUGUUAUAUUUUUGUUAAAUCUUUACAACACUACACAGUUUUAGGAUAAAAAUAUUUGGACUAUUUUAAAGUAACUGCUGUAGAUUCCAUUUUCCCUUUCAAUGGAGGGAAUUAUUUUUUAAAUCGACUCGUUAAGGGUGCCAUUUUGGGGGGGUAGUAACUUUUUUCAACAGUUAAAGAGGCGUAAGGGUUUGACAUGGAGAACAAAAAUACCUAACAGACUUUCUGUUUUCAUCAAGCGUUGCUGACAUGGCUGGAUGAUUGGGAGAUGUGGUAAAAGGCUUAACUUGUAGUGUUUUGUUGCAAGUUCAUAUUAAUACACAUUUUCUCCCACAGCGCUAUGGGACGCAUACAAAGAAAGCAUUCUCCUUUCUGUGUACUCAUUGCUAUGCGCCCUAUCACAUAAAGCAGAAAUUUAGUACCAAUGUGUUAAACAAAAAGAUUCAUUUGUCUUUUUCUGAAAGCUUUUUUUUUUGCAAUCUAUGUAAGACUGUUUAAAAUAGUUUGAGGUUGAUGAUAUUAGAUGCUGGCAUGGCCCCUGGUGUAGCUUGAGGACACUGAUUGCUGUGACAGACUGUGGCAUGUAAUGUGAGCUGGAGUUGCAGUCCUUUGAUGGUGGAACACUUGGUGGUGAAAGUGCCUUCUCUUCUAAUCCUCGGUCUUCCAUUCUCUCUCUGUAGAUCAGAGUCAGUGUGGAUGCCUUGCCCCAAUCACAUGCCAAGUGUUUUGUACAGAACUGUGUAUGAAACUAGAAAUAUGAAAUGGACCUUGCUAUUGAUUGCCUUAACGCAGGGAUGGGUAACUCCCUCAGACUUUUACCUGGGACUACUGCCACUGACUGCUCAGAGUGCACACGUCUGGUUUCCCAGGUUAGGGUCAGGGCUCAGUACAGACGUCUGGUUUCCCAGGUUAGGGUCAGGGCUCAGUGUAGACGUCUGGUUUCCCAGGUUAGGGUCAGGGCUCAGUGCAGACGUCUGGUUUCCCAGGUUAGGGUCAGGGCUCAGUGCAGACGUCUGGUUUCCCAGGUUAGGGUCAGGGCUCAGUGCAGACGUCUGGUUUCCCAGGUUAGGGUCAGGGCUCAGUGUAGACGUCUGGUUUCCCAGGUUAGGGUCAGGGCUCAGUGCAGACGUCUGGUUUCCCAGGUUAGGGUCAGGGCUCAGUACAGACGUCUGGUUUCCCAGGUUAGGGUCAGGGCUCAGUGCACACGUCUGGUUUCCCAGGUUAGGGUCAGGGCUCAGUGCACGUCUGGUUUCCCAGGUUAGGGUCAGGGCUCAGUGCAGACGUCUGGUUUCCCAGGUUAGGGUCAGGGCUCAGUACAGACGUCUGGUUUCCCAGGUUAGGGUCAGGGCUCAGUGCACGUCUGGUUUCCCAGGUUAGGGUCAGGGCUCAGUACACGUCUGGUUUCCCAGGUUAGGGUCAGGGCUCAGUACACGUCUGGUUUCCCAGGUUAGGGUCAGGGCUCAGUACACGUCUGGUUUCCCAGGUUAGGGUCAGGGCUCAGUGCACGUCUGGUUUCCCAGGUUAGGGUCAGGGCUCAGUGCAGACGUCUGGUUUCCCAGGUUAGGGUCAGGGCUCAGUGCACACGUCUGGUUUCCCAGGUUAGGGUCAGGGCUCAAUGCACGUCUGGUUUCCCAGGUUAGGGUCAGGGCUCAGUGCAGACGUCUGGUUUCCCAGGUUAGGGUCAGGGCUCAGUGCAGACGUCUGGUUUCCCAGGUUAGGGUCAGGGCUCAGUGCAGACGUCUGGUUUCCCAGGUUAGGGUCAGGGCUCAAUGCACGUCUGGUUUCCCAGGUUAGGGUCAGGGCUCAGUGCAGACGUCUGGUUUCCCAGGUUAGGGUCAGGGCUCAGUGCACACGUCUGGUUUCCCAGGUUAGGGUCAGGGCUCAGUGCACACGUCUGGUUUCCCAGGUUAGGGUCAGGGCUCAAUGCACGUCUGGUUUCCCAGGUUAGGGUCAGGGCUCAGUGCACACGUCUGGUUUCCCAGGUUAGGGUCAGGGCUCAGUGCAGACGUCUGGUUUCCCAGGUUAGGGUCAGGGCUCAGUGCACACGUCUGGUUUCCCAGGUUAGGGUCAGGGCUCAGUGCACACGUCUGGUUUCCCAGGUUAGGGUCAGGGCUCAGUGCACGUCUGGUUUCCCAGGUUAGGGUCAGGGCUCAGUGCAGACGUCUGGUUUCCCAGGUUAGGGUCAGGGCUCAGUGCACACGUCUGGUUUCCCAGGUUAGGGUCAGGGCUCAGUGCACACGUCUGGUUUCCCAGGUUAGGGUCAGGGCUCAGUGCACACGUCUGGUUUCCCAGGUUAGGGUCAGGGCUCAGUGCACACGUCUGGUUUCCCAGGUUAGGGUCAGGGCUCAGUGCACGUCUGGUUUCCCAGGUUAGGGUCAGGGCUCAGUGCACACAUUUGGUUUCCCAGGUCUCACUCAGUUGCUGACUUAAAGGAAUGAAUGAAAGCCAGCAGACCCUCUUGAGGACCGAAGUUGCCUACCCCUGCAUUACUGUGUGUAUGAUGGCGGUGUUGGAGGUGUGCAUGGUGGAAAUGGAUUUCCUUUCAUAUUUUAUAGUUGUGGAUAGAUGGUAGAUCUUAUGGGGGUUGUGUACCAGAUAUAACAAACAUUGUCUUUUCACUACAUUUUGACAUUGGGUAUGCAGUAUGCAUCACAUUGGGUAUGCAGUAUGCAUCACAUUGGGUAUGCAGUAUGCAUCACAUUGGGUAUGCAGUAUGCAUCGCAGUAUUCAGUCUCUCAUUAAGGUAAUAGUAGCCUAAUUCCACAAUUUACUUCAUCGGACCUUACCUGCCACACUUGGUGAAUGAGCUUCUUUCCCAGGAAACAAGUUGUACUGUAAUGCUAACAUAUACACCAGAUAUUCUAGGUAGACUUGAAACACUACUUUGACAAACUGAUUAGUACUAUGCAGCGAGUUAGACAACUUCACGAUGCCUCAUCAACAUUGAUUUUGAUUCAAGACAAAUCACCGAAUGAGUGAUAACCUUUACACUGUAUUAAUCAGACAUUGGUGCAUUUUAUUGCUCACUUUUUAGGAGUGGUUAGAUUGCCGAUCAUGUUGGGAUUGGUGUAAAUCAACCUUUUAUAGCUGACAACAAUGUUGAUGUUAAUCUGGUUAACCUGUUUCUUAUGUUUAUUUGGUAGUUAGGUGAAAAGUGUCUCCUUGGAGAGAGAUGACAAUAAUAGUCUGUGGACUAUUUACUAAACAUAGCUUUCAGCCAGAGUCCUGCUCAGUUAGGCUGUCCUUCAGCUCAACGGAUCUUUGAAAACUGGGACAAUCUAGUUGAGUUUUUUUGGCAAGAGAGAGUGCUGUAUAAAAAAGAGAGUAAAAAAUAUGUUCCUGGUUUGUUUUCAAAUUGCACACAGUGGUUCUGCAUGCAGUGUAAGACUACGUAUGCCCUCCACUGACAUGACCACAGCCAGGUGUAAGACUAGCUAAAGAUUGUAUGCCAGAUAAUGUGAUAUAACCAAAGAGUGUUGGUGUCCAUUACUGAGUGUUACAGAAAAGACCCACAUAAACCGACGCCAUAGAUUUUUCAGCUAACCUGUUCUUGGGGAUUACUUCAUUCUCGAUUCGUUUAAAAAGUAUCUUAGUGUGUUUCCAGUUGCAGGUGGUUCUACAAAAAACAUAAAUUCAGAAAGAUAUCAAUGUUUAAGUGAGAUAUGCCUGGUGGUGUGCUUAGAUCUUUGUUUGUCACCUACUUAUACGUGUGGCCGAAGAAGUAGAAUCUACUAGUUCCUGCAGUAAUGCUGGGAAAUGCUAGGUUUGUGGCAGCUAAGCUGUCGAGGUUCCUCCUCAUACCGUACAAUACUUGGAAGUAAUAUCUUUGAGUUUUUGCUGUUUUUUGUAGAACCACCUGCAACUGGAAACAGACAUUUUUCAGAUACUUUCGUUAUUCUCGAUUCUGUGAAAAAAGUAUUGUCAAUAACAGGUUAGUUGAAAAAUCUAUGGCGGGGGUUUGUAUGGGGCUUUCCUCUAACGCCCAGUAAUGGACACCAACACUCUUUGGUUAUAUCACAUUCUCUGGCAUACAAUCUGUAGCUAGGUCUAGACAGUCUGUUCUUAGUGACAUUGUUUCCCCUGGCCUUUUCUGUGGACGUGGGCUCCCGAGUGGCUCAGCAUCUCCAUGCCAGAGGCGUCACUACAGACCCUGGUUCGAUUCCAGGCUGUAUCACAACCGGCCGUGAUUGGGAGUCCCAUAGGGCGGCGCACAAUUGGCCCAGCGCCUUCCGGGUUUGGGUUUGGCCGAGGUAGGCCAUCAUUGUAAAUAAGAAUUUGUUCUUAACUGACUUGCCUAGUUAAAUAAAGGUUAAAUAAUUAUAUUGGAGGUCAUGUCAAAAGCUAUGCUUGAUUUCUGUCUCACAGACCGCUAUGACGGUGCAACGUAAAACAACACAUUUCCUUAGCUUGUGAGAAAGCCUGUGAGUGGGUACAAAUUUGAGGCUUGAGUAGGGAUGUCGCUGUGCCAAUGUUAAAAUCUGCUACUGUAAAUGCACUACAAAGACAUGAAUAGGGAGCUCAUGUUUCAGGAGUUUUAUUAUAAUUUGACUUGAACAGGUUCAUUAAUUUACAAUAACUGGCUAUGAUAGGUCAGAAACACUCCGCAUAGUGGACAUCUCAUUGUAAGACAAGGACGGCAUCAUUGAAGUGGCUCUUAAUGGUCUGUUUGAAAGUGGCUUUUAUGAAACCUGUUUGUGUUUUGUUAUUUGUUCAUCAUAACCUGAGCAGAUUUAAUUCAAUAAGCUAGUGUGAAUACUUUGUGAUAUUCUUUACAUUUAUAUUUCAUGCUUAUUUAGAGAUUUAAUUUACCUCUAAAUAACCAAAUAGAUUGAAAAGACUGUUAGGCUGUUUACACAGGCAGCCCAAUUAUUCUUUUCACUAAUUGGUCUUUUGACCAAUCAGAUCAGCUCUGUGAAAAUAUCUGAUGUGAUUGGUCCAAAAAAAAACAAUUAAUGGAAGAAAUAUCAGCAAUAGGCUGCCUGUGUAGAAGCAGUGAGAACUUUUUUAGAUUUUGUUAUCGAGAUUGAAACUGUCGUAGUAUUUGUUGUAUGUUGACUUUCAAUAGUUGAAGACUGCUUGUUUUUUAGCUUUUGUAUUUGUGAAACUGUGCUCCCUUGACAUAAUGGAAGUCUGUUAGAUACUGCUAUUUGAUACACGUAGUAUGUGUAUAAUACUUGGCUGGAGUUCGGUCAUUUGAAAUGUAGAAAUCCCCCCCAAAACAUUGCUAAUGAACAGCAAAAUGCACUUUUAAAUUGACAGUAAGCAACAUUAUUAAAACAUUCUGUACAAUUAUUGCAUUACCUAAUGAAAAUAUUGGCUGCACUCCAUAUGAUGUAUUUGUCAGACUGGUAGUUUUGUAUGGUAGUAAUGAAAAAAUUAACAAUUUUAUUAAAGCUUAAAGUUGUCAAAAUGCC